GACAUUCUGGACUGAAGCUCCGAGCUGAUUCACUCCGGAGAGCUAACCAAGAUCACCAGGCAGGGCAAGACCCAGCAGCGAGUCUUCUUCCUGUUCGACCACCAGCUGGUGUCCUGCAAGAAGGACCUGCUGCGCAGGGACAUGCUAUACUACAAGGGCCGCAUGGACAUGGAUGAGGUGGACAUUGUGGAUGUGGAGGAUGGGCGGGACAAGGACUGGAACCUCAGCAUGCGAAACGCCUUCAAGUUGGUCAGCAAAGCCACGGAUGAGGUUCACCUGUUCUGCGCCAGAAAGCAGGAGGACAAGGCCAGGUGGCUGCAGGCCUAUGCGGACGAGAGGCGGCGGGUGCAGGAAGACCAGCAGAUGGGAAUGGAAAUCUCAGAAAAUCAGAAGAAACUCGCCAUGUUGAACGCCCAGAAGGCAGGACAUGGGAAAUCUAAAGGCUACAACAGCUGCCCUGUGGCCCCACCCCACCAGAGCCUGCCACCCCUCCACCAGCGCCACAUCACUGUGCCUACCAGCAUCCCGCAGCAGCAGGUCUUCGCCUUGGCUGAGCCCAAGAGGAAGCCAUCGCUGUUCUGGCACACCUUCCACAAACUCACCCCAUUCCGGAAGUGAGCCUACCCAGGGGGCACCUCUGAGGUACUGUGAGGAGGAAGACCAGUUUUGUCUCUUCAGCGUGAUGUCCAGGGAUGGCUUCUUGCUCAGUGCUGAACACUUCAUUUGGGGAUCGAUGAAGGGGAAAAGAAGUUGGACUCAGCUUUGACCUUGAGAGGCCCCGGCACCCUUGUGGAAGGGAGGAGGCCAUGAAGCACUGUUCUGUCCCACACUGGAAGCCAUACUCUCCGAUGGCCAUGAUAUAGGGACCAGGGCCUCUCUGCAUGGAGACUGCUGACUCAGUUAUCCCCUGUGAGUUUCCCACUGACAGUCACACUCCUGCUGCAGUUCCAGACAGUAUCAGGAGCCUUUCAGUGCCUCAGGAGCAACUACAUUAAGGACGGCUUCUGUGUUUGAUCUUAAGAAGCUCACUGACCAGUUGGUAGGAUGUUGGCAGCCAUGGGAUAACCUGGGGUCAGAUCAGGCCCGGAAGAGACCAGGAAAGAGCUAGAGCCAAUGGGGCAGGUGCCUACAGUUCUCUAAGGUGUAGCAGAUGCCAGGCUAGAGUGUAGGUCUCACCCUGCGAGGUUCCUUAUUCACAAGAGAGUCAGGAGGGAAGGCUGCUGCCACCUGACUUGUCCCUCCCACCUCUUCAAACAGAGGUGACGCCUUGCUCACCCCUCACUACCUAAGAACCUGCCACUCUCGGAAGUAAGGGUGACAUGAACCGUUUAACUUUGGUAACCUGUGCAGCAGCAGCAGCCAUUUGCAUCACCAGUGGGAUGAUGAGGACACUGGCAUCCACAGAGAAAACAAGGGGCGAAACUGUCCUGCUUCUUGGGGAAAUGGAAACACCUCUGUCACACGACCCCAAAACAGUAGUACUGGAGGCUAUGCCAGCUGGGGAAUAGUCUUGAUGGCUCCUUAGCUCUGAGAGAGCUGUCUCUUAAAGAGGACUACACAAACUGACACCCACAGAGAGGAACCUUUCUCUGUUGACACUGACUUGAUGGAAAUGCCUUUCCACUGAUCUGAGGGAGACUGGCUCUGCAUUUUAAUCUACAUAGUGGGCUGGUCAGGAGAGAUCCUGCCGUGCAGCUCAUGCGUUCCUUUUAGACAAACGUGUUCUUGUGUGCUGUUCUUGCAAGGUCCUCACCUCUCAUCAGCUCUCCAUUGAGACCAAAC